AUGGCCUCUACUGCUACCACCGUCCCCACUCAGGACAAUGUCCUCGUCCCCGAGACUCUCCUGAAGAAGCGCAAGAGCCAGGAGCAGGCUCGCGCUGUCGCCCGUGAGGAGGCUGCCAAGAAGAAGGCCGCCAGCAAGGAGAAGCGUGCCGCCAUCUUCAAGCGCGCCGAGUCCUACGUCAAGGAGUACCGCGAUGCUGAGCGUGAGAAGAUCCGCCUUGCCCGCGUUGCUCGCAAGGAGGGUAACUUCUACGUUGCUGAGGAGCCCAAGCUUGUCUUCGUUAUCCGUAUCAAGGGUAUCAACAAGAUUUCUCCCCAGCCCCGCAAGAUCCUGCAGCUCCUCCGUUUGCUCCAGAUCAACAACGGAACCUUCGUCCGCCUUACCAAGGCUACCCAGGAGAUGCUGACCAUCAUCAACCCCUACAUUGCCUACGGUUACCCCAACCUCAAGAGCAUCCGUGAGCUCAUCUACAAGCGCGGUUACGGAAAGGUCAACAAGCAGCGUGUUGCUAUCUCCGACAACCAGAUCAUCGAGGAGAACCUCGGCAAGUACGGCAUUGUCUGUGUUGAGGAUCUCAUUCACGAGAUCUACACCGUUGGCCCCAACUUCAAGCAGGCCAACAACUUCCUCUGGCCCUUCAAGCUCUCCAACCCCACUGGUGGCUUCCACAAGCGCAAGUUCAAGCACUUCAUCGAGGGUGGUGACUACGGUAACCGUGAGGAGAACAUCAACGCCCUCAUCCGCCAGAUGAACUAG